UUGGGCUGGGAGCCAGCCGGGUGUUGUAGCAACGGGUCUUAGCGGGGCACCAAAGGGAAUUGCAUUGCACCAGCCAAGUUCAUUGCACCCAGGGGGAUCAUUGCAGCAGGGGAGUUCAUUGCACCAAGGGGAUUGCAGUGCAACAGGGCAUUUCCCAAGAAUGGGGGAGAAGAUAAAGCGCCACUUUGUUGAGGAUCGGGUGGUGGUGAUCGACCCUCUUCCCUUUACCUGGAGGGUGAAAGGGCCUGGACCUCACUACUGUCUGGAUAUGAAGAUGUCUCGACUCAAACAACUGGCGUUCGCCUUUGAAUUUGGAUCUGUGGACCCUAGGCAAUCGUUCCCAGUGACUGAAUUUCCUGCAAGGAUCGUUAAACUUGACAUCUCUUUAAAUGAGCUGGAAGAACUGCAACCUGAAGCGCUUUUUGCUUUUGAGAGUCUCUCUGAAUUGGAUGCAUCCCUCAACGCUUUAGGCGGCAUCCCGGGGAUUGGCGUUCUUCCCAACCUCACUGUACUGAACCUCAGCUACAACGCGCUGAGCGACGUGAGAGACUUAGGGAGCUGCACUCACCUGCUUGUCCUGAACUUGUCUCACAAUCCAGUGCGGACCCUCGAGCACAUGCCCCUCCUGAGUAACCUGACGCGGCUUCACUUAGGGUCCAACAAGCUGAGCUCCUUGGAAGGCGUGCAGAAUCUGCCCCAGCUCUGCGAACUCUACAUCCAGAGGAACCGGGUUUCCAGCUUGCUGCCCCUCUCCUCCUCCCUGGCCCUCAACAUACUGGAUGCUUCCAGCAACAAGAUUGCCUGCCUGCAGUAUACCCUGCACGUGCUCAGGGGGCUUCACAGACUGAGACACCUCAAACUUCAGGGCAACCCACUGGCUCAGGAUAACCGCUACGCCACUGCAAUCAAACAGGCCACGGCCGUGGAGACCCUGGACGAUGUGCUUCUUAGAGACCCGCCGCGCUGCUCUGCACUGUCCUCGUUCAGUUGGGCCCUGCUCGGGGAAUCGGUGGCUGAUGUGAUGAACUCAAGCCAAACCAAGGAGGAUCUGAAAACAUCAGCGAGGAGGAUCUUCCUGGAGAGACUGCAGCACAAGAGAGAUGACACAGAGAGCGCCGUCCAUCACCUCCACAGCAGAAUACUGGACCUGCGAGAAGAUUUGGCAGAAUAUGAAGACACUUUCAAAACAGAAAUGGACGGCUGUAUAAGAUACAUAGAUGCUCUCCCACCUAAGCAUUUCCAGGGGCUGACUAACCCCGACACGAUCCCGAAUGCCAUGGAGAAGUUCCUGUUCACCAAAUUCUGGCAGAGGUGGCAGCAAGGCCAAAGGAAACCAGCCAACCUUCCCUAUAAAGCACUGACCAAGCCAGAUGAGGUGCUUCAAGCCGCCGCUCAGCUCCUCUCAAACCCACCGCCCGGUGAUGCCAACGCUUGAUGCCGUUUCAGAUACCCGAACUGUCAGGAGGCAUGUUCUUGCAAAACCUGAUGACAUCCCACCAUGCUCCGAGUGAGCCGAUGAACACGGCCCGGACGAUCCCAGGGUAGAUGAGCGGGGGACCGUGGUGAUGCCAUUUGCCUUCCCAGACGAGCAAUUUCAAAAACCUUCUUUAGGCUUGAUUAACCUAAGUGAUUUUUGCAUUACCUGCACAUGUUGUGUGGUCAUCGCUCACCCUUUUUUCCAGGGCAUUGAUUAUUUUUGGGAUUUCAAGGCCAGGCUCACAGGUACCAUUAUGGUCAUCUAGUCUAAUGUCCUGAUAACACAGGUCAUAGGACUUCCUUGAAUAAUUGGCACUUCAGGCCCGCGACUCCUGUCUGCAUUAGACUGUAGCUUUUUAAAAAGAUAUCAAGCAUUGAUUUAAAUGUUUUAGUGGAUGGGGAAUCCACUGCACAUGGAGGUAAGUGAUUCCAGUAGUUAAUUAUCUUCUCCUUUAAACUCUUUCCCUUAUUUCUAGUCCUCCUGGAACCUUAACGAUGCUCCAUCAUUAACCUUUUGCCAUGCUGAAAAUUAAUCAUUUUCCCCCAUUCUUUGCUUUCUUUUAGCUACUUUCCAAACCCUGGCUUAUGCUUUGCCCUUCUCCUUCCAGGGCUACUUACUUCCCUGAAUAAAGAGGUUGAUGGACAAGACCGAAGCGUCUUAGCAGAGCUUGGGGUCCUUACAGAAGAUAAACCCUCCUUGCACGGUGGUCAUAUCAUGCCAUUUUCUGACAUGCUAGAAUUUCCCAAUAGCUUAAAGGAGAAAAAUCCACAUGCUUAUUAAAAAAGAAAGAGAAGAUGAAUCCUAAAGAAAGGGAAGGUUUAAAGCUCAUUGUGAUACACUCUGGAAAGGUCUCAGCAUGUGGUUCAUUCAUCUCGGUAAAUCAAGAGGCUGCAUCCUAGACUCUCGGGCUCUGUAACUCAUCUGUCUGCACACAUUGGCGGGGGGAUCCAGUGACCGGUGGCUGUGCUCUGUUUUGCCGCAGAGAUCAAACGCUGCCUGCCAAGGGAGGCAGGUCUUGCAUGAAAUGAAGUCUUGCAUUCAUAACCCCUUAGGGUUUCAUUGUGUUUCCAACCAAUUGCAAUGAAACCACAUUGAAAAGCACACUGGCAGGGUUGGCACCACUUUGGUCUUUCCUUGAGUCCCUUCUGUUGGUCUCUUGUCUGUAGUUACUUGCAUAGGAUCAUAAAAACCCAGGACUGAAAGGGGCAUCCAACAUCUUCAAGUCUAGUUGCUGGCUGUUGCAGCAACCAUGUCGUAUCAUCCUGUUCCUCAGUUUUUGGUGCAUGUUUGGUUUUCUCCCUCUUCGUCCCAGUACUGCCUAUGUUCAAAGGAAGACCAGGAUGCGUUAGUCUGGUGCUUUUUGUCCCUAGACCUCCAUGCACUUGUAAAGGAAGUUAUAUAUCCUUUCCUUGGGCAAUGCCAGGAAAUGAAGGGACCUACCCAAGCUCACAAAGGGAGUCAGUGGCUAUGUAUGGAAAUCCUUUGUCCCAGCUCUGCUGUGCAUGUGCAACCAGAUGCACUGUGCAGAGCAACCUUAUGCUGGCAAGGAGAUGGGCUGGACCGGCUAUAUGAUGGGACCCAGUUGGAGGAGCACAGGAGAGGGGUUGACACGUCGACCCCAUCCCUGCAACCACCAGCCUCACCUUAUCAACCAGCAGUGCCUCCAACCCUACCCCACCAACAGGCAGAAACCCCCUCUGCACAACAUCAGCAGCAGCUCCCAAAGCUUUGCACUCUUUCCUGCGUUGACUUCAUUCCCAAACUGCAAAGUGUAGCGGGAUGUGAUCUAUCACAAGGCCGUUAUUUCGAUCAUGGACUGAAACAAGAGGAGGAGACAACCUGGUGGACUUCCCUUAUGUCUGACCUCUGCUCCAUCUCCUCCAUGGGAUAGAGGGGUGGCACCAGAGUAGCCGGUCAGCAAAGAGCAUGUAGAAUAAGGCAGCUUUGUUGCUUUUCAGCACAAUCCUGGGGCUGUUUGCCUUGGGAGACGCAACGGGGUCCCUAGAGCUGGAGUUGAAUUUCAGCCAUCUGAGCUACAGCUGCUCUUUCAUUUAGUCUGACCUCCCAAGGUGGGACGGAUGGCUCCUUUUUGAACCGCUGACUUUUCCCCUGACAGCAGCCCUCCCCACCAUGGCUUACCUUGGCUUAAAUUCUUGCACUAGCUCCAGUUAACCAUGGGCGACGUACAAACGCAUGCGGUUGAGAUAACCCAAGUAACAAUCUGACAAAUGUCCAGACAGGAUCCACUUCCACUCCAAAGCUGCAGCUACUGGGUGCUAAUAUAGGAGCUUCUUUAAUCCUCCUGUUGGCAUAAGCAAGGCCAUUAUAUGGCUGCAGGCUGCAUGAUUUCAAUUGAGCACAAGCCCUACCCAGAGGAGCAGUACAUAUGCUGCCUCGGCCUUGGUCCUAAUCAACCAUUUGCUCUGAGAAUGACCCCCUGAAGCAACACCCAAGCAAGCCUACUGGGUUUUGGAUCCGUUUUUAUGCAUCUGCAUUGUGUCUGGUCCUCUUCUCCUCCAGCAAAGAAACAAGGUCGUUUCUAUUCAGGCGGCCAUCAACCGCUUUGCAUGUGGUUCAUUUGAAGAGCAGGAAACAAGGGGAGGCAGGCUGGAGGGGCCGGUGGACUUCGAAUGGACUGGAUUUCCAAGUCCUGUAUGGUGGGAUCGGGCUCCAGCCAUGCUGGCACCAUGCAUCGGGACCGGGCCCAGCACUGGAUCUGACCUGGCACUGCUCUUCAAAGGCUGGCCAUCCAUGUGACAUGCACCACCAGUUUUAGGCCAAAAAACAAGUUUGCCCUAGGAAUCAAAAGUUUGGAAACACUUGUAUAUUAGGCUUGAGGUGUUGUCUUAUUGCAAACUGUUGAUGUACCUGGUGCUGUACAGGACAGAUGUCUCAGUAAACACCCAUCAGGAACAUUUCCCUUGGUAUCACCUGGCAUUGAUUAAGCUGAAAAUGGAAGACAGCUUUGCUCUGGAGAAGGCAGGGUGCAUUGGAAAACCCAAGGGAAGGCCCAGCUUGGAGUUAUAUGCUUUUUAAAAAUUGACUUUUUAUGGGUCUCAAAAGAAAGCAAAUUUAAUGAGGGCUUGUAUGUAGAGGGAGAGCGGUAGAGUCCCUGGAGCCCGUGAGCAAUGGCCGGUGGUGGAGAAUGGUGCUUUGGGCGAAGCUUUCUUAGGGUCACGGUCGGAGUUGUUAUGUAUGCAAAGGCUCUUGGAGAAAGGAGUGGAAGAGGCAGCAAAGAGAAAGGACUGAGGAAAAGGAGAUCAGGGCAACACUGAGGCGAAACCAGCUCAGGGUUGUAGGUGUGAAUGACCUAUGGAGAGCUUGGAAGGUGAACCUGAAGUGAUGGCUAACGGCAAGCCAAUGGAGGGGACUCAUGACGGAGGUGACAUGGGCUGGAAGGUCACCAAGGGAAAUCAUCUGAGAGGCUGAACUUGGGGCAAAGGGGGAGCUGGGCUGUGAGUGCUGGGAAAGAGGUGAUGAUGAGUGAUCAAGGUGCAGGACGACCGUGUUCACAGUAGGGAGAGGAGCAAACCUAUCUUGCAAAUAACUUUGCAGCCAACACAGCAGGACAUUUUUAGGGGAGGGCACAGUCAGACCCCACAUAGCCCUCGGCGUCUUUGUUGCAGUUCUCUCUCUCUCUUCUGAACCAUUCCCUGGACACACCAAUCCCAGCAAAAGGCUGUAGUCUGGGGAGGGCUGCUUGGCCCUGUGAGGUUCGUGGAGCCAGCAGGUCAUACAACAGGUCCCUUCAGCAUCUUCAGAUACGUUGCAGUCAGUACAGUGGAGAAAUACCUGGGCACCCAAGUUGAGGAAGACACGGACCACUUUCCCUACCCAAGGAGAGAGCAGUGUCUGUCUCUGCCAGGAGGGGUCUGGCAAAUAUUGCAGAGCCUUUCUCUGCAUUCAUCCAAAGGGUGGUGUUGGGGCACUGAGACGUCUUGCUAAAUAUUAAUCCUGAACUUUUGCAAUGGGGAAAGUCUUUCCUCCCCACAAAGGUCAGCGCUAAGGCGGGCGAUAACUGCACAUGAAUGAACCUCUUGUUUGCUUUGUCUGAUUUUCGCUUGAUUGCUCUAAAAUAUGGCUGAUUGCUCGAGUAGCUGGCCAGCCUCCCUUGGAAAGCUACCAAAUGUGUUUCAGCUCAGUUUA